AGUUGCUGCCCCCUCAUGGACACCGGGAGAUGCUCACCUGUAAAGUCUGCAUCAUGUUACUGUAAUUCUCUUCCUGAUGGGGUGAUACUCUCCUACAGGUAUGUGCUACCUGUUGUCGACACAGGGAAGACCAGUUUCAUCAUACCAGAGGAUAGUCCCAAGACAAUAGUGUUCAAGUGGAAAGUGAAGUUACCAGAGGGCAUCACCUGCACCAACUGCGUCAUACAGUGGAAAUACUUUGCAGGGAACACCUGGGGCAAAGACAAGUUGACUGGCGAGGUAGCACAAGGCAAGGGGCCACAAGAAACAUUCGUGAAUUGUGCUGACGUUUACAUCACAACCAACACGGGUCAUAGUCCACCAAGCCACGACAAAGUGGAAAACCCGUGGGCACUGUACUUUAGGGGCUUCUUCCCUGGCAUGCCCCAUGAUCCUCAUACCAAGCCUACGGAUAGUGGUCUCAAACCUCUGGUUGUCAGGUCCCAGCUGUGUCAGGCAAGGGCAAGCUAUGCAACAGUAGAAGGCAUGAACAAAUUCUGCAAGGAGAAUUGCAUGCAAUACCCACCCAACUGCAACCCGGAUAUCUGCCAUUGUGUGGUAGACUGCAAGGCCAUCGGGAAAUUGGCUGAACUAAGAGACUCUGAUGUCUAUUGCCACCAAGUCUGUCUUAGAUACCCUUCAGACUGCCCACCAGAUGAAUGUGUCUGCAGCUAGUUCUCCUUUAGUGUUUUCUAAGACACACACACACAUAUAUACUGUAUACAUACCUCUUAUAACACCAAAAUAACCCUCUUCAAGAUUGGUAUACAUCUCUUCCUGUACACCAGGACAUGAUACAUCUCUUCCUGUACACCAAGACAUGAUACACCUCUUCCUGUACACCAGGACAUGAUACACCUCUUCCUGUACACCAGGACAUGAUACACCUCUUCCUGUACACCAGGACAUGAUACAUCUCUUCCUGUACACCAGGACAUGAUACACCUCUUCCUGUACACCAGGACAUGAUACACCUCUUCCUGUACACCAGGACAUGAUACACCUCUUCCUGUACACCAGGACAUGAUACACCUCUGUAAGUAAACACACACACCAGGAAGUAUCCCCAGGAAGCAAGACAAGGCAGCUGUGUGGAUCCCAAAUUGCCCCAACGCUCUUGACCCGACAAGUUAUGUAACUAAAGAUUAAACACUCAUUGUUAAAACAAAAUCUUUAAAUGGAUUAAUUAUACAUGAGAAACUGUUUAACAGAUUUUGCUUUAAGAUCUAUAUUAGAUUAUCUUAAAUCCAUAUUAAUGGCUUGUGGAUGAUAUAAAUUUUGUUAGUAUAAGAUAAUAUUGAUGAAACACAAGUCUUUGGGGAUAUACAACUCAAACCACCUUAUCAUGGGCCUCAAGUGUCAGAUACGUGCUACUACUGACUCCAGUGUCUUGUAGAGCUGUCAUCUUAUAUGAUUAUUCCCACAGCACAUUCAGUUUAUGACGCACAAAAUUCCAUCCGUGUUAUCAGUUUGAGACACCAAAUACCUGCAGCUGCAUUCCUUAUGAUGCAAUUAAUCAUUCAUAUGAAAAACCCAGAAUUAUAAAGCAUUUUGAUUUUAAGCCAUACAGUGUAUAUACAGUACUGAGAAUAGGAAUGCAUUAUUAACCCUAGAACUGUUAGCUCUCGUACACAAGAACCUGACAAGAGAGACUGCAAGAGACAGUUGCUUUAUACGCGGACUAAACCACUGUUGUAUACAUACUAGAUCGGCGCUCACUAUAAACCUGUGACUAAUUUUACAUAAAAGAACAUUUGGCUCCAAAGUUGAUGGGUUGUCUGAAAUCUACUUUUCUUCAGUCUACUUGAGAACAACCGUGAGGGAGUGUCCAACUUAACCCAAGUUUACUGUGAUUUUUUCUUUAUAUUAAAAACAUAUUAUACAGUAGUGCUGUAAAUUGUUUUAGAUAUCAACAGCCUGUAAUAAUCUCAAUAGUACUGUAUUAAGUGACUUUCUUCCUUUCUAAUGAUAUAAUUCAGUUAGGGUGUCCAUGAAUUAUUUAACCCCUUUUAAAACUUAUUAUACAUACAGGUAUACAUAUAACAUGCCAAAUUAUUACACCUGACAAACAACACUUAUGAUUUAUUCUGUCUUGUUUUAACUGUAAUAUUUUGGACGAUACAAUAUUAAGUUUUCAAAAUUGGGUCAGAUGGGUUAAGGACACCUUUAUUAUCCCUAGCUUUCGGGAAUGCUUUUUAAGUAUUAGCCAACGUGCUUUUUUGCCGAGACUUCCAUCAUAUACAGUACUGUAGAGCAUUACCUAGAGAGUGGGUGUGGGCUGCUGUCGUCGUGAUACUGGUAAAAGACACUACAGUAUUGUACUAUAUUAUUUCCCAGGGUCUAGAUUGUCCAAAUUCCCAAGAUAUAUACAGUAUUCCUUGAGAGUAAAGAUGUUAGAAUAUACGUAGAUAAUUGAUUAAUGCCAAACCUGUCUAUCUAUUGUUUUAUCUCUCUUAUCUAUCUAUCCAGCUACAGGUAGUAUCAAUCGCUUUUAACCCUUCAUAUACAUGUUGGAGCUGCUUCUUGUUAUUGUUUGUUUAGUUUGUAUGGAUCAACAUGCCGAAUAGGCAUCUCAGAGUAUGUCACCUGAUGAUUACAUGUCCUAAUGCUAACCUAACCCAAAUUAAAUCCCCCCAAAUAGCAUUAAGUUGUUUAAUCAUCAGGUGAAAUAAACUGGGAUGUGUAAUUUUCAGGUGAUUAACUUUUAUUCAUUUAAGACAAGAAUUUUUUUUUGGGGGGGGAGGUAAUGUUUUGUUUCUGUUAAGUUUUAAUUUAUUAUAAACUGUUACAAUUUUGUGGAGAAUCUUGUUGUUAUUUAAUUUUGGUGCAGUAUUUAUUUCUUUAGUACGGUGUUAUAACUGCUGCUUGUUAUUAAUAAAAAAAAAUAUGUCACAUUC